AAAGGGACUAUUUUCAGUCUAGAAAAAUGCUAACUCCUUUCUGAGAACAUUUCCACUGUGAAGAAAGAGACUGUGAUUAAGCCUCAGAGAGAAGGGCAACUCUAGAUGGUGAUGCGAUAGUACGGAAUCCAGAAUGGAUGUCCUCUUUGUAGCCAUCCUUGCUUUGCCACUUAUCCUGGGACAAGAAUAUGAGGAUGAAGAAGGACUAGAAGAAGCUCCAGUGGCACAAUCGGUUAGCGCGCGGUACUUAUAUGAAGAAGGACUAGAAGAGGAAGACUAUUAUCAAGUAGUCUAUUUUUACACAGUCACCCCAAGUUAUGAUGAUUUUGGUGCAAAUUUCACCAUUGAUUACUCCAUUUUUGAGUCAGAGGACAGGCUGAACAGGAUGGAUAAGGAGGUAACGGAAGCAGUAGAGACUACCAUUAGUCUUGAAACAGAACGUGCAGACAAUCAGAAGCCUAUAACCAUGAAACCAGUAACAAUGGAACCACAGAGUCCAGAUCUGAAUGAUGCUGUGUCCAGGAUGCACAGUCCUGUUCCCCUCCUGUGGUGGACCCUCAUUCAGUGGGGGAUGUAUUUCAUGUAGAAGGUGAGAGAUGGCUGCUAUGACUCUUUAGAUGGGGGUUUGGCAAGAGGAAAUUGGAAGAUAAAAUAAAUAAGUGAAACA